GUUGCUUUUCUUUGUAUCUAUUUCGUUCUCUUACUACAGCUGCCAUAGCCUCUAUUUGAACUGAAAGGAACAUUUCUAUCAAUUUUUUUUCUACAUUAUCAGCGAGUGGCGUUUCAAGGAGUUUUGGAAGGCCUUUUAAAGUACUAAAAUGGCUGGGGUUUCAAGUGAGGAGUCUGGAGUGGGAAGGUAUGCGGAGGGUGUUUUGAGAUCAGGGGAAAUGUUGGUAGAGUGGCGGUCUUCUGAGCAGGUUGAAAAUGGAACACCUUCGACAUCACCCCCUUACUGGGACUCUGACAACGACUACGACAGUGGGUUGAAACCUCCUGAUUUAUAUGGAAAGUAUACGUGGAAGAUAGAGAAAUUUUCACAGAUUAACAAAAGAGAACUUCGCAGUAAUGUUUUUGAAGUUGGUGGCUACAAGUGGUACAUUUUAAUUUAUCCACAAGGCUGUGACGUUUGCAAUCAUCUCUCUCUGUUUCUCUGUGUUGCUAAUCAUGACCAAUUGCUUCCAGGUUGGAGUCAUUUUGCACAGUUUACAAUAGCUGUUGUGAAUAAAGAUCCAAAGAAAUCAAAAUAUUCAGAUACUUUACAUCGAUUCUGGAAGAAGGAGCAUGAUUGGGGCUGGAAAAAGUUUAUGGAGCUGUCUAAAGUUUAUGAUGGAUUCAUAGAAUCUGACACACUUAUCAUAAAAGCUCAAGUUCAAGUCAUCAAGGAGAAAGCAGACCGUCCUUUUCGUUGCCUUGAUUGUCAAUAUCGGAGAGAACUUGUCAGAGUAUAUUUGACAAAUGUAGAGCAAAUCUGUUGUCGUUUUUUGGAUGAGAGACGACAAAUGAUAGGGAAGUUGAUAGAGGACAAAGCUAGGUGGUCAAGCUUCUGUGCUUUCUGGUUGGGGAUUGACCAAAAUUCCCGGCAUCGAAUGUCCAGAGAGAAAACUGAUGUUAUUUUGAAAGUAGUUGUGAAGCACUUUUUCAUAGAGAAAGAAGUAACAUCUACAUUGGUAAUGGAUUCACUUUAUAGUGGGUUGAAGGCUCUAGAAGGCCAGAGCAAGAGCAAGAAAGCAAAGUCAAAAUUAUUGGGUGCUGAAGAAAUUCCAGCUCCAAUUGCUCGUGUGGAAAAAGAUAUGUUUUUGUUAGUGGAUGAUGUGCUACUACUCCUAGAAAGGGUUGCUUUGGAGCCCCUACCUCCAAAAGAUGAGAAAGGUCCUCAGAACCGGACAAAGGAUGAAAAUUCUGGAGAGGAUCUCAACAAGGAUUCAAUUGAGCAUGAUGAAAGGCGUCUUACAGAAUUAGGUCGCAGGACAGUGGAAAUAUUUGUUCUUGCUCAUAUUUUUAGCAACAAGAUAGAAGUUGCCUAUCAGGAGGCUAUUGCUUUGAAAAGGCAAGAAGAACUCAUCCGUGAAGAAGCUGCAUGGCUGGCUGAAAGUGAGCAGAAGGCUAAACAAGGAGCAUCCGAGAAGGAGAAAAAGUCAAAGAAAAAACAGGCUAAGCAAAAGCGUAAUAAUCGAAAAAGCAAAGAUAAGGGAAGGGAGAAGGCUUUUGUGGUAGCACAGGAAAAGCACUUAGAAGGCCAACCUGAUGAUGAGAAAGAAGCCUCUAUGAUGGUGGAGCAGUCAGUGCCUGAAAAGGCUGACGUUCUGGGUGAUGUUUCUGAUGUCUCCGACUCGGUUGAUGGUGCCACCGAAGUUAUUCAGCCUGACUCAGAAGACAAAGAUUCUAGUCCUGUUAAUUGUGAGACAGAUACAUCAGAAAUUCAUCAACCCACAGAAUCCAGUGGCAUAAGUGGACUAGGAUGUGUACAAAAUGAAGUAACUGAUAAAAGGAGCCCAUCUAUGACGGAUGAUAGUUCAUCAAUACAUUUAACAGACUCAGUACCAUCAGUCGUAAUGAAUGGGCCCUCUAAAGGGAACUCAUUUUCAAGCAACGAAAAUAAAAAAUCACCGAGCAGAGGAAAGAACCAGCGAAGUAAAACAUCAAAUGGCGGCAAUAAUCAGAUUACAGAAUCUGGUAAUCAGUCUUCUUGCCCUACAUUGGUUGCUGAGGACCAAAUCGAAGUUAUUGAAAGUAGCAAGGUUGGUGAAUCUGAGGCUGCCGUUCCUUCAUUGUCGGAUCAGACAAAGUGGGUUGAGCAGGUUACUGUUAAGAAGGAAGAAGUUGAUUUGCCACAAAAGAAACCAAGCAUCCCAGAUGCAGUUGAUAUAGAAAGACCUAAAGAGAAGACGGCUGCUAAAUUAUCCUCAUCGAGAAGCCCUCCCAGAAAUCUGCCCCCUUCUGCUCAGUUCAGGUCCGAAUACAGGAGUACCAGCAGUGUAGGUUCUAUUCCAGUUAGUACGAUAUCGUCAAAUAGCCUGCAACAGAGUGAUCAACCGGCAUCUUUGACUACAUUCCAAAUGAACGGCACAUUAAAAUCUGAGACUCAGAAGGCUGCAACAUUGAGACCAACUGAAAAACCUAUAACUCCACAAGAGUCUGUGAUGUCAAGGCCGUUGAGUGGUCUAGUUCCUGGUCCAAGGCCAGCUGUUCCUGUUGUUUCUAUGGUUCAAACAACUACAUUUCUAGCUCGUUCAGCGAGUGCAGCUGGAUCUUUAGGGCCCGACUCUUCUGUGCCAUCUGCAGCUACUAGUUAUGUUCCUCAAUCUUACAGAAAUGCCAUGAUGGGUAAUCAUGUUGCUUCUGGUUCAUCUGGUUUUACUCAUCCUAUCUCCCCUAGAUCAGGAGUCAACGCAUUACCAGUAUACUCGCAAUCACCUGCCUUGGUACCUGGACCAGCGUAUAUGUCCCAGAGCUCUGAUAGAAUGCAGCCAAAUUCUGUCCAAUUGGGCUUUCCUUUUGGCAUGGUUGAUCGUGAUAUCCUACCGAAUGCACCCCAGUGGACGGACAAUUCUCAGAGGAAUGGAAGAAGUAUGCAGCCUGUUCCUUCGUUGAUUAGUGAGAUCCAAAACAUUGACUUGUAUAAAUCCAUGUAUAAUGGAUCCCGGGAACACUUCUCAAAUGAGUUUCCGGUUGGUACACCUGGACGUCCGACCCAAGGUGUCUCGGCAGACGAGUUUCCGCAUCUUGAUAUCAUCAACGAAUUGCUUGAUGACGAGCACAAUGUUGGGAGGACAGGUAGGGCAGGAACAGGCUUCCAUGCUCUUGACAACGGGUCACAUUUAUUAGCCCGCCAUUUUUCUUUUCCAUCCAAUUUGGGCAUGUCGGGUGAAAUGGGAACCUCAUGUGGCUCGUGCAGGUUUGAGCGAGCACAAAGUUACCAUGAUGAUGGGUUCCAACGAAGUUUCAGUGGCUCAUCUUGCAACCAUAUUGAUACACUGAGGAAAUUUACUCCACAAUCGAACCACCAACCUUAUGCCAAUGGACAACAUGAUGGAUUGGUCCAAACUCAGUGGCCGAUGACUUCUUCCGAGCUAUCAUUUCUUCAGAUGGGGAAUGCAGAAGGUGAUGGUUACCCAUGCUAUUCAAAUCCAUCAUGUGGUGCCAAUGGGUAUACGACAGGAUUCGGACCAUCGAACGGACACCAAAAAAGGUAAGCGACACAGAGUUCAACUGCAAAUUUAAUUGUUUCCUGUCCGAUGUAAUAAUGUGUUAGUUGGGUCUUAGAUUUGGAGUGAGUUUGUAGUUUUUUCAGAAGGAAAAAAAACCAUAUUGUAAAGAGUGUUCUCUUUGCAUCAAGCAUUUAUAGUUUUAUUAGAAAUGAAGCUUUGGCUCAGA